GGGCUGAGCAACUGGAGUGAGGGGAGCAGUUGGGCCAAGAUGGCGGCCGCCGAGGGACCUGUGAGCGACGGCGAGCUGUGGCAGACUUGGCUUCCUAAUCACGUCGUGUUCUUGCGGCUCCGGGAGGGACUGAAAAACCAGAGUCCAGCCGAAGCUGAGAAACCAGCUUCUUCGUCGUUGCCUUCGUCGCCGCCGCCGCAGUUGCUGACGAGAAACGUGGUCUUUGGCCUCGGCGGAGAGCUCUUCCUGUGGGACGGAGAAGGCAGCUCCUUCUUAGUCGUUCGCCUUCGGGGCCCCAGCGGCGGCGGCGGCGAAGAGCCCGCCCUGUCCCAGUACCAGAGAUUGCUUUGCAUAAAUCCACCCCUGUUUGAAAUCUAUCAAGUCUUGUUAAGCCCAACACAACAUCAUGUAGCACUUAUAGGAAUAAAAGGACUUAUGGUAUUAGAAUUACCUAAAAGAUGGGGGAAGAAUUCUGAAUUUGAAGGUGGAAAAUCAACAGUGAAUUGUAGUACCACUCCAGUUGCUGAGAGAUUUUUCACCAGUUCCACCUCUCUAACUCUAAAGCAUGCUGCAUGGUAUCCAAGUGAAAUCCUGGAUCCCCACGUAGUGCUGUUAACAUCAGACAACGUAAUCAGAAUUUACUCACUACGUGAGCCCCAGACACCCACUAAGGUGAUUAUACUUUCAGAAGCCGAAGAGGAAAGUCUAGUACUCAAUAAAGGAAGGGCAUAUACCGCAUCUCUAGGAGAGACAGCAGUUGCAUUUGACUUCGGGCCGUUGGCAGCAGUCCCAAAGACUCUGUUUGGACAAAAAGGCAAAGAUGAAGUAGUGGCAUACCCACUGUACAUCUUAUAUGAGAAUGGAGAGACUUUCCUGACGUACAUCAGUCUGUUACAUAGCCCUGGAAAUACUGGAAAGCUGUUGGGUCCAUUGCCCAUGCAUCCUGCGGCUGAAGAUAACUAUGGUUAUGAUGCGUGUGCUAUACUCUGCUUACCCUGUGUCCCCAAUAUCUUAGUGAUCGCUACUGAAUCAGGAAUGCUGUAUCACUGUGUCGUGCUAGAAGGGGAAGAAGAAGAUGACCACACGUCAGAAAAGUCCUGGGAUUCCAGGAUUGACCUCAUUCCUUCUCUGUAUGUGUUUGAAUGUGUUGAGUUGGAGCUUGCUUUGAAACUGGCAUCUGGAGAGGAUGACCCUUUUGAUUCUGACUUUUCUUGUCCAAUCAAACUUCAUAGAGAUCCCAAGUGUCCUUCAAGAUAUCACUGUACUCAUGAAGCUGGUGUACAUAGUGUUGGGCUAACUUGGAUUCAUAAACUUCACAAAUUUCUUGGAUCAGAUGAAGAAGAUAAGGAUAGUUUACAGGAACUCUCUACAGAACAGAAAUGCUUUGUUGAACACAUCCUUUGUACGAAGCCAUUGCCCUGCAGGCAGCCAGCUCCAAUUCGAGGAUUUUGGAUUGUACCUGACAUUCUGGGACCCACGAUGAUCUGCAUCACCAGUACCUAUGAAUGCCUCAUAAGGCCGUUAUUAAGUACAGUCCAUCCAGCGUCUCCUCCCCUGCUUUGUACUCGAGAAGAUGUUGAAGUGGCAGAGUCUCCCCUCCGUGUUCUGGCUGAAACCCCAGAUUCCUUUGAAAAGCAUAUUAGAAGCAUUUUGCAACGUAGUGUUGCCAAUCCAGCAUUUUUGAAAGCUUCUGAAAAGGACAUAGCCCCUCCUCCUGAAGAAUGCCUUCAGCUCCUCAGCAGAGCCACGCAGGUGUUCAGAGAGCAGUACAUUCUCAAACAGGACUUGGCAAAGGAGGAGAUUCAGCGGAGGGUCAAAUUAUUAUGUGACCAAAAAAAGAAACAACUAGAAGAUCUAAAUUAUUGUCGAGAAGAGAAGAAAAGUCUGCGGGAAAUGGCUGAGCGUUUAGCUGACAAAUAUGAGGAAGCUAAAGAAAAACAAGAGGAUAUCAUGAACAGGAUGAAAAAAGUACUUCACAGUUUUCACUCUGAGCUCCCAGUUCUCUCUGAUAGUGAGCGAGACAUGAAGAAAGAAUUACAGCUGAUACCUGAUCAACUUCGACAUUUGGGCAAUGCCAUCAAACAGGUUACUAUGAAAAAGGACUAUCAACAGCAAAAGAUGGAGAAGGUGUUGAGUCUUCAAAAACCCACCAUUACUCUCAGUGCCUACCAGCGAAAGUGCAUUCAGUCCAUCCUGAAGGAGGAGGCAAAGACAACGGUGACAAGGGGAGAAGAUGGAGAGAUACUCCAAUAAGAGGGAAUGGAUGGCAUGCAUUAAAAACACAUGCAGCAACGGUGGCAUGUUUGGCUGGCCUACAGCACAGCACGUUGGGAGCCACAGGCGCUGAGGCGGAGAGGCAGUGUAAGGCAGGAGAGCUCUGGCUGGGCUAAGAAUGUGGACUUGAUCCUGUAAAUAAAGGGGAACUACUAGAGGGCUUUCCACUAGACUGGACGCGAACAAGUUUCUAAUGUUUAAAUAUCACUUUGAUUUCAAUAUGGAGAUGAUUUAGGGACAAAUUUUGGAGGCAGGGAAGUUAGGCUGUUACAAUAAGCCAGGUGAGAGUGAAGUCUGAACUCAAAGAGUGGCAGCUGGAAUGGAAAGGAUGAGAUGUACUUCAACCGCUGAUAAUUUCUGCUGGUGCAAUCUCAGUAGCAAAGUGGAGGCAGGAGGCAGACUGCAGCGGGUGGAGGGAUGCCUGGGAAGUCAGGCAGUGGAGAUGCUCAAGACUGUGGCAACAGAGGGAAGAAGAAAGACUGGUAGCUCGGGAAAGGAGUGCAAUCCAAAGACAGACUUUUUCCUUCUGAAUGGGAGACACCUGAGCCUGUUCGUGCAUGAUGGAAAAGAUCAGUCAAGUGGCAGAAGUUCAAGGCCCAGCACUGCACAGGGACAUCUGGAAAAGUCCGGAGAUACUCAGUCAAAGCACCUAUGCAAUGACACUGUGGUCAGAAGCAGGUCAUCAUUUUCUCUGAAGAAAAAGAGAAGGCUGGGAAUAAAAGGAAAACCUGGAAUUGAGGAGCCCAGUAGUUGAAGAUGGCUCUGCCUGAUGCCUGAGGAGUGAGGCCAGCAUCUGCUGAGAGUGAGGUGGCUGAGGUGAGGUGACUGAAACUGCGACUGUGAGGAAUGGAAGAGACGCAACUUAGGACACAUGAGAGGCUGCAUGAGGAGCACUGGAGGCCCAUCUAGCAGCCUGAGCAUGCAGUGUCACCAAGUCUCGUGGCAUCAGCAGCUGGGGACAGCAGGACAAGGAGUCAAAGACCAUAGGGACAGGUGUGGUGGGAGAUGAGGGGAAGAGGCAGGCCAGUAAGAUGCGACCUAGGGGAAAGAAAGCAAGCCAUGAAGCUGCUGAAACCAGGAUGAAAGGGGAAGUUCAGAGAACUGGAGGUCUGAAUGAGGUGCUUCGAUGGACAGGCCCGCAGGAUGAAGAGCUGGAAGGAUGGCAGAUUGUGGUGAAGGAACUUCAGGCUGCAGUGAGAUGUCACAGUUGGGCAAAGUGCAGCCCAGUGUGUGGGAAGGGAGAGCAGGGUGGAGGUGAAAAUCUCUAAAUCAAGGAACAAUGAGGUCAGGAAGUUGAAUGGGGUUACCAUGAAAAGAAAUGAUGUCUAAGAGGACUAAGCCAGCUAGAAAACAUCAUCUCGUUUCUAACGUUUUUUAUACAUAUUUCUACUGUACCUCUAAGCAUAUAACAUGUUAUGACCAUGCCUUGCCUAUCUUCUCACUACACUGGAAACUCCAGGCCACAGUCACAUCUUAGCCUUACCUCCUCCAGUUUAACGUAGCCUGACACACAGGGCACUCUCAGUAAAUCACCGGCACGCCCUUACCCCAUGGUUUUCUUCCCACAAGAAAGAAGUUCCUUAAGGCAGGGCCCAUGCCUUAACUAUUUUUUAUUCGUUGGGUGCAGCAUAGUAGGAGUCAAUAAAUAACCACUGGUUGCUGAUAGAA